AUGUCUUCACCAAGAACAAUCAGGUUUAUUGUCGUAGGUGGGGAGAGGUUCAAUGGUAACCUUGUUGAUCUUGAGGACCGUUUAGCUGUUGAAAUAUACAAUCCCAAUCAAGAUUAUUGGGAAAUUUGUCCCCCAUUGCCAGCUGAUUUUCGCCCUGGAAACUCAUCACAAUGGCUAUGUUCAGCUUUAUUCAAACAAAAACUCUUCGUUUUCGGGAUAUAUUCAUUUUUCGUCUCGUUUUUCAACCUCGAAAAACGUUACUGGACUUCUGUCCAGACCCUGAGGCCUCCAGGAGCAUUAUUUUCAUACUUACUUUCUCUCCAUGACAAACUCAUUUUAGCAGGAUUAUGCAACAAUAUUGGAUCAUCACCUUGUUUCAUUCUAUGGGAAAUCGACGAAAAAACGCUCGAAUUCAGUGAAAUGGAAAUCAUGCCUGAAGAAUUACUUGCCUGCUUACUUGACAGUAGUAUUGAUGAAGAUGAUAGAUUUGCAAGCCUUAAAUGUGUUGGAUUUGGUAAUCUUAUAUAUGUAUUCAAUGAUGAACAUCACAAAAAUUAUCCAGCUUGUGUUUGUGAAAUGAGUGAUUAUUCAGGGAAAUGCAAUUGGAGAAGGCUCCCCAGUUUGCCACAACCUGUAAAUAAAUUCCAUAAGAUAGUGAAUAUACCAUUGAAACUAGAGAGAGAAAGCUCGUACAAGAAGACGAUGAUGAAGAGAGAGAAAGAGUGUUCUCACGUAAUUCAUAAGGUUCCUUCGGGUGAUGGUCCUUACGUUCGAGCCAAACAUGCUCAGCUAGUUCAGAAAGAUCCGGAGUCGGCCAUAAUUUGGUUCUGGAGGGCUAUAAAUGCAAGAGAUAGAGUAGAGAGUGCCUUAAAGGAUAUGGCUGUAGUUAUGAAGCAAUUGGAUAGAACUGAAGAGGCUAUUGAAGCUGUCAGGUCAUUUAGGGGUCUUUGUCCCAAACAUGCCCAAGAAUCACUUGAUAAUGUUCUCAUUGACUUAUACAAGAAAUGUGGAAAAGUUGAUGAACAAAUUAUGCUGCUAAAGCAUAAGCUUAAAAUGAUAUAUUUAGGAGAGGCCUUCAAUGGGAAGUCCACAAAGACUGCACGUUCUCAUGGGAAGAAAUUUCAGGUUUCUAUCAAGCAAGAAACUUCAAGAAUACUGGGGAAUCUGGGCUGGGCUUACACGCAGAAAUCCAAUUACAUGGCAGCAGAAGUUGUAUACAGUAAAGCCCAAAUGAUUGACCCGGAUGCCAAUAAAGCCUUGAAUCUGUGCCAUUGCCUCAUCAAACUGGCCCGAUAUCAAGAGGCACAUUUGGUUCUACAAGAAGUAUUGCACUAUAACCUUCCGGGUUCUGAGGAUUCCAAGUCCAGAAAUCGGGCCGAGGAAUUGUCUUUGGAAUUGGAAUCCGUGCAGCCUCAGCCAUUACAGUCGAAUCUUCCAUGCCUGAAUUUUGAAGAUGAUUUUGUCGAGGCACUUGAACGGGCCUUGAAUGAAUUGGCACCUGCCCGGUCAAGGAGGCUUCCAAUUUUUGAAGAGAUUUCGCAGUUUAGAGACCAAUUGGCUUGUUAA